AUGGAUAAUCAAGGGCAUGGACAUGGGCAGAAUCCAUCUAUGGGGAUUGUUGGAAAUGGACCUCAACUUCCUUAUGGUUCUAAUCCAUACCAGGCAAGCCAUAUAACAGGUUCACCUGGAAUGGUUGUUGCAUCACCUGGAACCAUUCAAUCCACAGGUCAACCAGCCGCAACUCAGCUAGGACAACAUCAACUUGCUUAUCAGCAACAACAGCAGCAGCUGCAGCAGCGGCUCCAAGCCUUUUGGGCAAACCAAUAUCAAGAAAUUAAGAAGGUGACCGAUUUCAAGAACCACAGCCUCCCCUUGGCGAGGAUCAAGAAGAUUAUGAAGGCUGAUGAGGAUGUCAGAAUGAUAUCAGCCGAGGCGCCGGUCAUAUUUGCGAGGGCAUGUGAAAUGUUCAUACUGGAGUUAACCUUGCGGUCUUGGAAUCACACUGAAGAGAACAAAAGGAGAACACUUCAAAAGAAUGAUAUUGCAGCAGCCAUCACAAGAACUGAUAUCUUUGAUUUCUUGGUUGACAUUGUGCCUAGGGAGGACUUGAAAGAUGAAGUGCUUGCAUCAAUGCCAAGAGGAACUGUGCCUGUUACAGGGCCUGCUGAGGCACUUCCAUAUUGCUAUAUUCCACCUCAACAUGCACAGCAAGUUGGAGCUGCUGGUGUCAUGAUGGGUAAUAAGCCUGUGAUGGACCCGUAUGCUCAACAGUCUCAUCCCUACAACAUGGCACCACAAAUGUGGCCACAACUACUACCACCACCACCACCAGAGCAACAACAGUCAUCUCCAGAUCAGUAGCUACUUACUAUUUGAAGGAUCUCUGGCACUAUUUUAGUACAUCAUAGUAAAAUUUAAUUCUGCAGUUUUUGAAUUUUUAUUUCCAUCAUUUUCUUUAUGGAAUUUCGUAUUUUCUGUUAUAGAGAUUCUUA